UUCCAACUCCUACCCUAGUUCCACCAUCUUUCCUCAUUACAACAUUCUUUCUUCUCCAACUUCAGACACAGAUCUCUCUUCUUCAAAUCACAUUACUUCUGGUUUCUUCUUCUUCACCAUGAGGAAAGGGAGAGGCUCUUCCGCAGUUCCAACCGCCCUUCACGGAUCCGUGAAGGAGCCGAGGUAUAGAGGCGUCAGGAAGAGACCUUGGGGCCGUUUCGCCGCCGAGAUCCGUGACCCCUUGAAGAAAUCGCGCGUCUGGCUCGGUACCUUCGACUCCGCCGUGGAAGCUGCACGCGCCUACGAUGCAGCCGCGCGUAACCUCCGUGGCUCCAAGGCCAAGACCAAUUUCCCCAUCGACUGCUCUCCUUCCUCUCCUCUCCAGCCACUCAAUUACCAGAAUCAUCAUCGGAAUCUUGCUCCGAAUCAGAACCAGAUGGAUCCGUUUAUGGACCACCGGUUAUACGGCGGAGGUGGUGGUAGCUUCCAGGAGCAGCAGGUUAUCAGCCGGCCGGCGAGUAGCAGCUUGAGCAGCACCGUGAAAUCGUGUAGCGGACCGAGACCGGCGGCGAAGGCGACGAAGAGGUAUCAUCCGCGGACUCCGCCGGUGGCUCCGGAAGAUUGCCACAGCGACUGCGAUUCGUCGUCGUCGGUGAUCGACGACGGAGACGAUAUAGCGUCGUCGUCUUCGCGGCGGAAAGCGCCGUUUAUGUUUGAUCUUAAUUUUCCGCCGUUGGAUGGUGCUAACUUAUUCGCAGACGAUCUCCACUGCACCGAUCUACGUCUUUGAUUUGCAUUUUUUUUUCUUUUAUUAAAAGAAAAAAAAAAGUGAGCACGAUGAUUUUAUUACCACGAAGAUGAUGAUGACGAUACAAAGAGAGAGAGAGAGGUUGUGUUGAGAUCUGUUAACUGUAAGAACCAGAUCUGAGUUUCGUUUGUCUAUUUCUUAUUUAAAAUCAACCCUUUGUUACAUGUAACAUUUCUAUAGCUGAUGAUGAUGAAUGAUUCUAAAUCCAACAUCUGUAGAUUUUAUAGAUUUCCCCCAGUUUUGAUUA